AUGUUCUUGUGUGGGGAUUUGACAGGUGCUGAUACAGAGACUAUUGCUGCGCAGGUGUAUCUGGGCAGGUGGCACAGCAGCGAGGUGGCGAUUAAGUGCCUGAAUCCGUCGCUGUUCUUCUCCGGCUCGGACGGCUCCGCCAGCAAGGCGGCCAUGGCCGACCUCAUGCGCGAGGCCGAUCUGCUGGCCAGCCUGCGCCACCCCAACGUAGUCUGGGUCUACGGCGUUGUCCUGCCCAAGAUGGUGCGCUUCCCCAGCUGCACGGUCGUCACAGAGUUCAUGAGCCAGGGGAGCGUGAAGCAGGCGCUCGCGCGCAAGUCAGACGUCGUCAGCGGCAACAUGCACCGUGUCGUCGUCGCCAUGGACGCCGCCAAGGGCAUGGAGUACCUGCACCAGAAGAGCAUCGUGCACUUUGACCUGAAGAGCGCCAAUCUACUGCUCGGCUACCGCGACCGGCGCGCUGUGUGCAAGGUGUCCGACUUUGGCCUGUCUAAGCAGAAGCGCGACACCUACGUUAGCAAUGUCACCAGUCAGCGCGGCACGCUGCCCUGGAUCGCCCCAGAGAUCAUCAAGACGCCCCACACCGUCACAGAAAAGGUGGACGUGUACUCGUUUGGGGUGGUGCUGUGGGAGCUGUGGUCGGGGCGGGAGCCGUAUGAGGGCCUCAACUACCACGCGCUGCUGCAUCAGAUCACGCUGACAGGGGGCGGCCUGCGGCCGACGCUGCCCAACUCGCCAAAGUGGGAGUACGAGCCCGUGCCCGAGCCCGCGCCCGGCUGGUGCUCCCUCAUGGAGCGCUGCUGGCAGGAGGUCCCCGAGAAGCGGCCCUCCUUCGCAGAGAUUGUGAGGGAGCUGAAGGUGAUGGGCCAGGCUCUGAGGCCGCCGCGAAUGCGGCCCAGGAGCCUCGUGGGCGCCUCGGUCAGCUCGUCGGAGCUGGACGCACGCGGAAUUCCCUCCGGCCGGCCCGGCAUGGGUAGCCCAGCAAAGGUACAACCCAGUUUCUAG